AUGGCUACUUCCAAGCUAUCCAUCUCCAAAACAAACAUCCCACGAACACCAUCACCUUCAGGAGGAACAGGCACUGCUCGUUCGAACGUCGCCAAAACGCAGUUGACAGACCACCCUCACGCAACGAUGGUUUCCAAUUCAGUCAAUAAGACAGCGCUGCAUCCUGGUGGUGUUCAACCUACACGAGAGCACACCGAAAUUGAGGAAGAACUCCAUGAAACCGCACACAUUGAUUAUGAUCGUGUGGCCAUUGUCGCCAACCCUUCUGUCUCUGCCCUCUACGAAGAUGCACUGGUCUACGAGACUGGUUCUGCAAUAACCUCGACCGGAGCGUUGACGGCAUAUUCUGGGGCAAAGACUGGCCGGUCACCAUUGGACAAACGCAUUGUGCAAGAAGAAGGCUCAGAAAAAGAUGUUUGGUGGGGCCCUGUGAACAAGCCGAUGAGUCCAUAUGUAUGGAAGAUCAAUCGUGAGCGAGCCAUCGAUUACCUCAAUACGAGAAAUCGAAUCUACGUCGUCGAUGGAUAUGCAGGUUGGGAUGAGAAGUACCGGAUCAAUGUUCGAGUCGUUUGCGCCCGUGCCUAUCAUGCCUUGUUCAUGCGAAACAUGCUUAUUCGACCUAAACGAGAAGAAUUGACUGGUUUCCAUCCCGAUUACGUGAUUUACAAUGCCGGAUCAUUCCCAGCAAACAGAUAUACUACCGGUAUGACAAGUGCAACUAGUGUGGCCAUCAACUUUGCCGAGAAGGAGAUGGUCAUCCUUGGAACAGAAUAUGCUGGGGAAAUGAAAAAGGGCAUCUUCACUGUCUUGUUCUAUGAGAUGCCAGUUAAGCAUAACGUUUUGACCUUGCACUCUUCCGCAAACGAGGGCGAGAAGGGUGACGUGACGGUUUUCUUCGGUCUUUCCGGAACUGGCAAGACAACUCUUUCCGCCGAUCCCAAACGUGCUUUGAUCGGAGACGAUGAGCAUUGUUGGUCAGACACCGGUGUCUUCAACAUCGAAGGAGGCUGCUAUGCAAAAUGUAUCGGACUAUCUGCCGAAAAGGAGCCCGACAUUUUCAACGCCAUCAAAUUCGGGUCAGUACUCGAGAACGUCGUCUUCGACCCACAAACACGAGAGGUAGAUUACAAUGAUGCAACUCUGACAGAGAAUACUCGCUGCGCUUAUCCCAUCGAAUACAUUGGCAACGCAAAGAUACCCUGCAUGACCGACAAGCACCCAACUAAUAUCAUUCUUCUGACCUGUGAUGCCAGAGGAGUCCUUCCACCAAUCUCGAAACUCAACACCGCACAAACCAUGUUCCACUUCAUUUCCGGCUACACUUCAAAGAUGGCCGGCACUGAAGACGGUGUUACCGAGCCUCAAGCCACUUUCUCUUCCUGCUUCGCGCAACCCUUCCUCGCCCUGCACCCCAUGCGAUAUGCCAAGAUGCUUGCAGACAAGAUAUCUCAGCACAAAGCAAACGCCUGGCUUCUCAAUACCGGCUGGGUAGGCGCCGGCGCAACCACUGGCGGCAAACGCUGUCCAUUAAAAUAUACUCGUGCCAUCCUAGAUGCCAUCCAUUCUGGCGAGCUUGCCAAUGCUGAGUACGAGGUCUAUGACACUUUCAACCUGAGUGUACCAAAAACGUGUCCAGGUGUGCCGGAUGAGUUACUCAACCCUAAGAAGAGCUGGACUGGCACUGCGGAUUUCAAGGAAGAGGUCACGAAGCUAGGAGGUUUGUUUGCAGAGAAUUUCAAGAAAUACAGUGAUGAAGCGACGGAGGAAGUGAUCAAGGCUGGGCCUGACGUUUGA